UUUAAAGAAAUUGGGAGCGAGAGUCCGAGUUGUCCAAGCGCCAUUUUCUUGGUCGCUCUGCGUGGAUCCCUGGUGAGUCCUAGCACAAAAUAACAAAUUAAAAGCCUAAUCUCGAGCACCCAGCAAUCAAGAGUGAAUUUAAUCAGCAGCAAGGGCCAGCCUCGUAACUAUUAAUUAAUCUUAAAGUACAUUAUUAACCAUAAUUAUAAUUAUCGAGUCGUACGUGAUAAAGUUUGUCACAAAUAACGCAGUAUCGCCGAGUGCUAAUGCGUGGCAUUUCAGAAAGUUCUCCAAGUCGCACAAUGGCCGAUGACUUGGACGUCGAAGCGAUGCUGGAGGCUCCCUAUCGAAAAGGGGAGCAGGACUCCUCAUCCAAAGACAGGUCCAAGGAGAAUGGGUCAAGCAGAACAUCAUCUCGGAAAAACAAACACAGAUCGAGGUCGCGCUCCCGAUCGAGGGACCGGCGAGACCGCCGCGAUCGAGAAAAAGAUCGGGACAGGACCAAGGACCGGGACCGAGAUCGUGACCGCGACAGAGACAGAGACAGGGACAGAGACAGGGACAGAGAGCGCGAACGAGAACGAGAACGUGAGCGGGAGAAGGAGCGAGAAAGAGACCGCGAGCGUGAUCGUGACAGAGACAGGAAACGCAGGUCCAGGUCUAAGGACAAGAAGGAUCGGGAUCUCGAUGAUAAGGAUAAAGAUAAGGAGAAGGAUAAGGAAAAAGACCGCGAACGAGAUCGUGAUCGUGAUCGCCGGGACAGAGAUGCGCGAGAUCGCAGAAGGAAAAGGUCCUUGACGCCACUUACAUUGCCUAGAGCUCGGCCUUUUGGAAAAGGUGUCAGUCCUUUGGGAUUACGAAAUGAUGAGUUGACUCCAGAAGAACGCGAUGCACGUACAGUGUUCUGUAUGCAGUUGAGCCAACGUAUUAGAGCGCGUGAUCUGGAAGAAUUCUUCUCGAGCGUCGGGAAAGUCCAGGACGUUCGAUUGAUCACGUGUAACAAGACCCGGCGGUUCAAAGGUAUCGCUUAUGUAGAAUUCAAAGAUCCAGAGAGUGUAACUCUGGCUCUCGGGUUGUCUGGUCAAAAGCUUUUGGGAGUUCCCAUUGUCGUACAGCACACACAAGCCGAAAAAAAUCGCAUGGGCAAUUCAAUGCCAAAUUUAAUGCCUAAAGGACAAACCGGGCCUAUGAGACUCUACGUUGGCUCGCUGCAUUUCAAUAUCACCGAAGACAUGCUCCGCGGUAUCUUCGAGCCAUUUGGCAAAAUUGACAACAUCCAGUUGAUCAUGGAUCCUGAAACUGGUCGCAGCAAAGGCUACGGCUUUUUGACAUUUAGAAACUCUGACGACGCCAAAAAAGCACUUGAGCAGCUGAACGGGUUCGAGCUGGCUGGCAGACCGAUGAAAGUUGGUAAUGUCACGGAAAGGACUGACCUUAUGCAAGGAAACUCCCUUCUCGAUACUGAUGAACUUGAUCGCAGUGGCAUUGACCUUGGUGCCACUGGAAGGCUGCAAUUGAUGUUUAAGUUAGCUGAAGGAACCGGGUUAGAGAUACCACCAGCUGCUGCUAAUGCGUUGAAUAUGGCUCCGACACUUGCUGCUCCUCAGCCGGCUCAGCAACCAGCUCCGCCUAUUGCUACCCAGUGUUUCAUGCUCUCUAAUAUGUUCGAUCCACAAAAUGAGUCAAAUCCAAAUUGGGCGCGAGAAAUUCGCGACGACGUGAUAGAAGAGUGUAAUAAACACGGAGGAGUAUUUCAUGUGUACCUGGACCAGGCCUCACCUCAAGGCAAUGUCUACGUAAAAUGUCCGUCAAUCGCCACAGCAGUCGCAGCAGUUAAUUCUCUCCACGGGCGAUGGUUCGCCGGGCGAGUCAUAACCGCUGCUUACGUGCCUCUCAUAAACUACCAUUCAUUGUUCCCCGACGCAAUGACAGCGAUUCAGCUGCUGACCCCUAGCGCGCCGAGAAGAGGCAUUUAAUUUGGAGCUUAAAUUCUUUAAAUGCCUUUUUAGGCACUGUUUUAUAUUAUAAUUGAUAUUCUUUUCUUUUAUUUUAUGAUUUUCCUUAAAUUACUGUCCUCUUGACUGUGAAUCUUAAUCGUUCACAUGAAUUAUCUUUAAAAGAUAUUUAAUUGCGAUAGUUGAUUUGGUACGCACCGGGUCAGUAUGAUUAUCAAAUGUUAUCAGUAUGUAAUUAUUAAUUAUUAAUAUUAAUCAUUAUUUUUAUCGAUAAUGCGUAAGUGUAUUUAGAUAAACUUUUAACUAAUUUCGUACAAUUAGCUUUUCAUUAUUAAAAAAACGCGUUAUAUUUUUUUUAAUAUACUAAAUCAUUAAAAAAAAGUUAAUAUAUAUAUAUUUUUUUUUUUCAUCUAUAUUAACAAGUAAUGGAGAUUUAAUGUUUUUUUUUUAUCUACUUAAGUUUGACGAUAAUCAAAUUUUGUUUUUUUCUUUUUUAUUUUUUAUUGUUAUUUAUUAUUAUCAAUAUUAUUGAAUUAAUCAAUGAAAUAAAAACACGCGACAUUUAUAAGCAGUCUCCAUUACAAUCGAAAAUUAAAUCUAAAAGAACGAAUGGUUUGUAAAUAAGAUAUGUAAAUUAAUUCGAAUUAGUUUAACAA